AUGAAUUCCCUAGGGCUCAACCUGCCCAUAUUCUUCAAUCUCUUAAGCUGGGGCAAUCAUGAAUGCACACUUGAUGCCAAGAUUUAUUAUGAGCGCACUGCAUUAAUGGUCAGUGAUGAACUUCCAAAUAUCAUCAGGCGCUGGCACAAACCACCCCGACCCAAGGACACCCACCAUGUACGCGCGAGUGGCUCCAGGACAGUCCUGCAGGACUUUGUGUUUGACUGUGUUAGCAAUGUAUUAGAUGAAGAGCUGAGAGGCAUAGAGGAUUUAGCCAGAUGUCCACCUGAAGAUGUCUCCAAGGAGGGACUUACUAGUAUUUUGAUUGAAGACCUUGUCUUAUGCUCCAAAGUGCAGGGUUUGGAGGGACUCCAUAUCUCUGGAAGCUUCUACGACACUUGA